GUCUCAUCUCACCACCUCCAGCGCGUGGACCCCACAUCCGCCACGCGGGAAGCUGUGUGCUCCAAUCUCGGGCCGAGCCUGCGCCGCAAGGCAGCGCGGAGGCCUCGCCCUGCAACACCACGGCAGCCUCGUUCGUACCUUUUCCGAAGAGCCCCACACAAAGCUCCACGGGGCCCCGGCUUGCAGAUUUCCUGGCGCCGAGCUUCAGCAGCUCCCUGGACCGUGGGCUAAGGCCGAAGACCAUUUCGGGACCCGGGAGGCCCUGCAGUGCCGGGCCACGGCUCAGCGCCGAACGGCGCCGAAACAGCGAGCAAAACCCGGGCACCUUGGCCAUCAAGUGGCUGACUUGGGAAGGUCUGGGGAAAGAAGGGGCCAGCGAGGCGCCCCAUGUUCCCCGACCCACAGCUGCAAAGAAGGAAAGUGGGGAGACGAAGGAGCUCAAGGUGGAGAGCAGGGAGCCCGAGGAGUCCGUGGGCUGGAGCUGCGAGCCUGAGAAGUUGGCUUUGUCCACCCUUCGGUCCUGGACCACCGCCGUAGCAGCCACGGCGGCCGACUUGGAGUGCUCCUUGUCACCGAGGAAAGAUCCGGAUCUCCGGCCCUACAACAGCCAGUGCUCCUUGGCUUUGAGACCGAAGCGUCCUGCAAAGCCCUGCUAA